UAAUGAGCUUAAGCGUCGGUGAUCGGCCGCCGCCGACGCCGGUUGCUUUCACUCGCGCCGGUAAUUACUAACAUUGUGUUCGUUCGCGUCUAUUUACACAACUGUUUCGACUGCUGACUGCUAAAAGAUAAAGAAAAGUAAAGCGCUACAUGCCUCUCCUAUCUUAUCGACGCCACUCAAUUGAUCACUCAUCACUAUAUCGCGCGCCUUGUACGGACGGACCACCUUUUAUUGUCCAAUUUAACGUGUAGACGUGUACGCUUUUAUAGGCGCGAUGUUACCGGUGAAGUCAUAAUGUGUGCCGUACAAAAAUAGAAACACAGUGUUUGCAGGAAAAUAGUAUCAAUAACAAAAGUGUUGUGGUUUGUUAUCGAACGGGAAAUGGCGGCCAAAUCGCCUACAACGAGCGUGAAGUCGCGCGAGAUCAUCGGCGGCGACCAGUUCAGUCAGCGGCGCGAGGUUUUCGAAAAGCACGACACCGUUUUCAUGCCGUUGCCGUCGCCGACCGUCGCGCCCACGUACCGCGACGUGGAGCCGAUAAUCACGACGAACCACGGCAUCACCACGUCGAACUUCAAACGCAACGCGCCCGGAAGCUCCAGCAUGCGCGAGACGAGGAGCGAGGACCGGAGCUACGAGUUCCGGCCGCGAAAGUAUUCCGACAACUUCACGUCCGAACUGAACCAGAGCGACAACGUCGACUACCGGUACAGCAUGGCUGAGAGGAACAGGAGACUGUCGAAACUGCGACGAGACUUCCUAAAGUCUAACUUACACGAACCGGGAGACGGGACGUUCACACGCAGCGGCGUCCGCGCCUCGCUGCCGACUACCAACACCGUGUCGGCAAUAAAAUACAAAAUCGAAAAUAUAAAUAUAUACAAAUUCCCAUUCGCCGAGCCGUAUUCGACACCGACGCCGACCAGACGUGUUGUUGUCGAUCUAGGAUCGCCUGACGAAGACGACGACAAGGAAAACAAUCCCACUCCAGACAGACCAAAGCACCAGAGUUUGCCGAAUGAAACUCCCGGCUCCCCGAAGUUCGAUCACCAAAAGUUGUAUGAAGAACUGGUGAAACGUUAUUCGCCGACACGGAAACCUGUAGACUGGACGUUGCCGCCGACAAGACCGAAAGUCGUGGGUUCGGUUCCCAAAUCUACGUCCAGCGCAGCGGAUAGUGUCGACAGUACUGAUAAGAAAGAUCAAGAACCAAACGCCGAAGCGGAUGAAGUGUUCGAGAAAAAAGAAGAAAAGAAAGUUGAGAAACAAGAACCUGCAACUAAUGAAAGUGUAGAGCAAAACAGAGUGGAGGAUAUAAAACCGAAUAUCGAAAUUCUACAUAACGGUCCAGAAGUGAGUGAAAAUGAAUAUGAACCUGACAAAAAGGAAGAUGCCAAUAAUAAGGCAAAUGACUCCAAAGGUUCUCUAUCAGCACUAGAGGAAAACGACUUCGUGCCAGAACUAUCAACGUUCAAAAGACAGCUCAGCAGAGAAUCCGCAAAGAAAGUCCCACUCGAAAAAUAUACGGACAUAACCAUUCCAGCAUUGAUAGAAAAGAUGACCGAAGAGAGUGAACAGUCGCAGAACCAUAAAACCGAUGGGAAAAAGGUGAAGAGAAAGAGAAGUUUCUUGGACAAACUUCUAGGGCGUAACAAAGGAGUUAAAGUUGAAAAAACAUCGAAAUAACGACAACAUUGGAAUAUUACAGCCCUGCCAAAGAUUUAAACAAGGUAUUUAAAUAAAAUUGAACCUUGAAAGGUUUUAAAUCUGUUGUAAAUUUGUUGAUAAUGAAUGGUGAUGAUUGUGAAAAUAUAAAUAUAUUGUAUCCGAGUUAGGUUCGGCUUUAAACACAUGACAUUACGUCAGCAUUUCUUAUCGUCUGAUAAAUAAUAUGUAAGCUAAAGUCCACACAAAAGUCAUAUUUAUAAUAAUAAAUUGUACCUACCUGUUACUUUUACUACACUAGACAAUUUUAUUUAUUUAUACUAGCGGACGCCCGCGACUUCGUCCUCUUCCCUUAGCCCUCUUUAAUCCAGCCCUUACAAUAGUAUCGCUGUAAAAAUUGAGUAACUUCUCCCGUUUUCCCAACAUUUCCCUUCACUACUCUGCUCCUAUUGAUCGUAGCGUGAUGAAAAGUCUGCUAUAACCUGCCCAGGUGUAUGAAGAAUAAUUGUACCAAGUUUCGUUAAAAUCCGUCAAGUAGUUUUUGUUUAGAUAACAAACAUACAGACAGACAGACAGACUUAAAUUUUACUGACUGCAAUUUUGGCAUCAGUAUCGAUCACUAUAAUAAUCACGCCCUGACAGUUAUUUUGGAAAUAUAUUUCAUGUACAGAAUUGACCUCUCUACAGAUUUAUUAGAUAUUUUUAACGGCUUUUAAUUUUUUCAUAUGUACCUAGUUAACAGUUAAAUAAACUAACAAAUUACCUGGUGAUGAAAUUAAUACUUGAAAAAUAAUAUCGGUUCGUACUUUUAAUAUCUCAUUUUUCUGUUUUGUUGUUUAGCUAAGCACGUCGAUUGCACAACUACAUUUAUUAAUUAGUUAAAUACCUGAUUGAAAAAAGUGAUCUAGUUAAUGUUAGAAUAACUAGAAGAUCACGUUUAAUUUAACUGCUAGUUAUUUAUGUAACUUUGUUCACUGACUGACUGACUGACGUAACUACUUGCAAUAUUAUAUCAAGGUUUACAGUUAAUAGCUGCAAAUCUCUAAUAAUAAAUAUUAUUUAUGUUGUUUCUUAGUUUCGUUUCGGAUUUUAUAAUUAUUUUUGAUUAUUCAGUUUUAUUCACAAGGCAAUAUAGUGUUUUUAAAAACAGUUAUCCUUUUAAUAAGAAAAUAAUUCAACUAAUUAUUUUAAAUGCCAAAAAUUGUAUGGAUGUUUGUUACUCGUUAAAAACUGAUCAGAUUUUGAUGAAAUUUAACACAGCAAUAUAUGUUUGUGGGUUGUUACUUUUCACGCAAACCUACUUGGCGAAUUUUGGUGAAAUUUGGUACAGAUACAGAUUAUAAUUUAGCAAUAAUCUAUAGGUAAUAAUAUUAUAAGUAAAGAGGUAAAGUUUGUGAGAUUAUUGGGAAUAAUCUCUGCAUCUACUGAACCGAUUUUGAAUAUUCUUUCACCAAUAGAAAGCCACGUUAUUUAUUAAUGUCAUAGGCUAUAUUUUAUUCCCACAUUCCAGCGGUAACGGGAACUAAGCGGAUGAAAACGCAGUGUGUCGGCUAGUAUGUCAUAAAAUAGGCUAUUCUUUUUAUUCCACUGUACCUAUAGUAAAAAUCAUACUCGUAAUUCUCACAUCAAUGCGUGCGAAUAAUGUCACAGACAUAACAUUAAGAAAUAUUAUUUAAUAAUAUGUAUCUAAAUCUAUACUGUUAUUUCUAUUUAAAUCUGUGUUUGUUUGUUUGAACGCGCUAAUCUCAGAAACUACUGGUCCGAUUUGAAAAAUUCUUUCAGUGUUAGAUAGCCCAUUUACCGAGGAAGGCUAUAUGCUAUAUAUUAUCCCCGUAUUCCUACGGGAACGGGAACUACGCGGGCGAAACCGCGCGGCGUCUACUACUAUAUGUAGCUCUUCUUAUCUUUUCCACCCAGUAUAAAGUGUUAGCCAGUAAAGGCAACAUAUCCUCUAUAACUUUAUCGUAAUGCAAUGGGUUAUCUUUAGCUGAUAAAUCGUAAGUGGCAUGUGACACUCCCUAUCGGCUAAAUUGUAAUUUAAUCAUGAAAUACAAAGUGGAAGACGGUUUUUAUUACGUAAUUAAUAAAAAAAAGUCGAAACUUGGUCCUGAAUUUGAAAGUGUGGCGUGUUAGAUACUUGUAUUAGCAUUCAAUUGCAAUAAUUAGCAUUUUAAUCACCAGACGUGGAAAAUUACAAGUUGAUGAUAAUAAUAAUUAAACGGCAAAGUAAUAGACAAUGCAGAGGAAAAAAGUUGACUUUAUACAAUACCUGUAGCCAAAUGGCACGUCGAUUCUCUAUUUACAAACGCUAACGCUACGAAAACUACAAAAAUGUAUGACAGAUCCGAUCGACAACUUGAUCACGUGACCUGUCUAUAGCAAAUGUCAUCUCCAUACAUUUUAUAAUUUUUGAAGCGUUUGCGAUCGUAGAAAGAGAAUCGACUUGCAACUUGGCUACUGGCACAAACUAUACUAAAGCCAUACUCGCGGUAUUUACGAUAUCGAUACUGUUUACCAACAAACAAAUAAAAAAUGAGGGUAGGUAUAUACAUCGCUAGUCAUUCCAUACACCAAAAAAUAUUAUAAAUAACUUGUUCUUAAAUUAAUGAAAAUAAAUUCGAUUAAUAAACUUAGAACAAUUAGAUAUAGUUAAUUUAUUUUUUACUACUCUUGCUCAAAAACAUUGUCAUAUUACCACUCCACAGGGUUAAACAAGCACUUCAGCCUCUAGGGGCUAAAGUAAUUUUGUUUUUUAAUUUUUGUCUGUUACGAAUAGGUUACGAAUAUCCAAGUACUAGCCUACUAUAAAACGAAGGAGAUUUUAUAUGUAUAUUCGUAAUUAGAAUCAUUGCAGGUAUGGCCCUUCUUCUUCUUCUUUUGGUUAUAUGGCUUCGCGCGUCGAGCGAUUGAGCCAGAGCCGGUUUCUAUUUUUAGGGCCCUCGCCUUACGGCUCGUGCCCUAAAAAUCCCUCGUUAAAAUGGGUUUUUUUAGCCCCUUCUAUUGAAUAAUAUUUUACAAUCUACUAUUGAAUAACAUUUUAUAAACAAACAAUACAUAAUUUAAAUAAAUAAGUUAUGAAAAAUCUUCCCUUACGAAGCGAUCGAUGGACUUUAAAAUAGUCCGUGUAAAAAUAGAGCCCACACAUGUACAAUUUUGUGUUUAAUUCCGUUGUAAA